UGGUGCGGGCGCCCGGGGCAGGGCCCUAACCCGAGGGCGAGGGAGCCAGGCCACGGAGCGAAGAGGCCAGAAGGGACGACGAGCAGAAGCCUGUGCGUGCCCUGAGCGGGGGCCUGCCCUUAGUGUGUGUGGACUGGUAUUGCAGCGCGCCUUCUUGGUUUUGAGGUCUGACCUGAAGCUUUAGGGUGCGUAGAGUGGGUGUUACCACGACGCCUUCCGCGCAGAUGGCUGGCUGCUCGAGUCCUCUGUAGCCCAAGAGUCGGGGGAGCAGGCGACAGAGCUGCCCGCCUGCGGUUCUUCAGCCCCUGGGCUCCUGCGGAGUCGGUGCUGGAGCAGGAGCUGCAAGCGCGAUAAAUGUGGCCUGCAGGUGCACAAUGGCCAGAACUCUGUGCUGAAGAGCAUGUGCAAGGUGCGUUUUGUGCACCAUGUCCCCAGGGCUGGGGUUCUGUCCUGGGCCCACAUGGCCGUGGAGGGGUGCUCCUGGUGACUUGGGGUGCUGUUGGGAAGCAUCAGUUAAUUCCUCUUGUGAUUGGAAUAGUGAAUAAGGCUGUGUGGGAGAAGGUCACCUGGAAUACAGUUCUCUCAGGUCUUUGGGCUUUGUUUUCUUCUUAAUCCACCCCCCUUACCAUUUGUGUCCUAAGUGUCUUUCAGAAGGAAAGAUUGGAUGAGAAAGUGCCUGGUUCCUCAACUCACUGGAGACCUUGAGUCCAACAUUGAACAGGAAUUCUCCACAAAACAUUCUCUGACUGGUGCAGAGAAUUAGAUACCCAGGUUGGGGUUUAAAUGGAAGGAUCCAGAUUUAUUUUGUAAAAUGUCUCUUAGUUUAAGAAUUGAGAAUAGAGCCCUCAUCUCAAUAUUUUUGUGUGCUAACCUGGGUUAUCUUGAAUAGAAGACCAAGGAAGGGCAGAAAGAGAAUGGGGUCUUAUUUUUCUGUUAAGGCAAUGGGGUGAGCUCAGAUCAGUGUGUUUCAUUGGAGCAUUUCAUUGUGUCUGGUGUUUCUCACUUUGACUCCAGAUUGGUCACAGAGGUGAAUUGUUAUCCUCCGUGGAAAACCCAUCUGACCCAUUGCUCAACUGGUCUUCUUUUCCACUGUACCAUCAUCUUUGGGUGUGAUGUAUGAAAACAGACUUGUGUCAAGCACACUUCCAUACAGUGCUUUAGAGAUGAGACAAAGAGGAGGAGGAUAUGGCAAAAAAAGUGGCCGUAGUAAAAGAUGGAGGGAAAUGCUGAAGCUGCCUCCUGUCAGCCAGUGCAGAGAGCUUAGACAUUCUAUUGAAAAGGAUUAUAGCAGUCUUUGUGACAAGCAGCCCAUAGGAAGACUUCUCUUCAGGCAAUUCUGUGAUACAAAAUAUGAUCUAAAGGGAUGCAUCGAAUUCCUGGAUGCAGUGGGAGAGUAUGAAGUGACCGCUGAUGAGGACCAAAGAAGCUAUGGACUGCAGGUCUUCAACACGUUCUUCAGUGUCGAGUCAGCAGUCCCUUUACCAGAAAUACCCUCACGUGUUUUGAGAGAAUGUUGGUUGAAACUGAAGGAGAACCCUGACAAGGACGUCUUUGAGGAAUGCACCAGUUUUGUCCAUUACUAUUUAAGUGGAGAACCAUUUGAAGAAUACCUAGAAAGCCCAUAUUUUUCCCGAUUUCUACAGUGGAAAUGGUUGGAAAGGCAACCAGUAACAAAGAACACAUUUAGAAAUUACAGAGUUCUAGGAAAAGGCGGAUUUGGAGAGGUUUGUGCCUGUCAAGUGCGAGCUACAGGAAGGAUGUAUGCCUGUAAAAAGCUAGAGAAAAAAAGAAUAAAGAAGAGGAAAGGUGAAGCCAUGGCUCUUAAUGAAAAGAGAAUGCUAGAAAAAGUGCAUAGCAGAUUUGUAGUUAGUUUGUCCUACACUUAUGAAACCAAAGAUUCCUUGUGCUUGGUGCUAACCAUUAUGAAUGGAGGGGACUUGAAGUUUCACAUCCACAACCUGGGAAACCCUGGCUUUGAUGAGCAGAGAGCUAUUUUCUAUGCUGCUGAGCUAUGCUGUGGCUUGGAGGACUUGCAGAAGGAAAGAAUUGUGUACAGAGACUUAAAGCCUGAGAAUAUUCUCCUCGAUGACCGUGGGCACAUCCGGAUCUCAGACCUCGGUUUAGCCAUGGAGAUUCCGGAAGGGGAGACCAUCCGAGGAAGAGUGGGUACAGUCGGCUACAUGGCUCCUGAAGUUAUCAAUAAUGAAAACUAUACAUUUAGUCCUGAUUGGUGGGGACUUGGCUGUCUGAUAUAUGAAAUGAUUCAGGGACAUUCUCCAUUCAGAAAGUUCAAAGAGAAAGUCAAGCGAGAGGAGGUGGAACGAAGAGUGAAGAAAGACACUGAGGAGUAUUCGAAGAAGUUUUCUGAGGACUCCAAGUCCAUCUGCAAGAUGUUACUCACCAAGAAUCCCAAACAUCGACUAGGCUGCAAGGCUGGAGCAGUGGAGGUAAAAGGACACCCCGUGUUCAAGGACAUUAACUUCAAGAGACUGGAAGCGAAUAUGUUAGAUCCUCCAUUCUGCCCUGAUGUGAGUAUGUUGCCUAGAGAGGAGCAGAGCGUCCCAAGACAAGGGGUCCAGGAACACAGUGACUUCCCAGCAGAUACAGGAUCAGUGCCACAAGCCGUUUACUGUAAGGACAUACUGGAUAUAGAGCAGUUCUCUACCGUGAGAGGAGUCUACCUGGACACCAAUGAUGACAUGUUCUAUGGUCAAUUUGCUACAGGGUGUGUCUCCAUCCCCUGGCAGAAUGAGAUGAUUGAAUCAGGUUGUUUUAAUGACAUCAACAAAGAUGAGUUUGAUGAAAACACGGUGUUGAAUCUAGAAGAGAAAAUGCAUUACCAGGUUCCCAAAAAGAAGAGAGGCUUCUUCUACAGACUCCUCAGGAGAGGGGGCUGCAUUAGCAGUGGCCCCAGCGAAAAGGAAGAGCUGCCCCCAAGGCUGUGACUACUCACUGCAGAGCCAGACCCCAUCGCCAAGGAGCACAUGCUCAGUGAUCCAUCUUAUCUGUGAAUGGCAAUAAACAUGUGACACAGCUUAACACAA